AUGGCUGCCACCAACGAGCUAUCGAUCAAGCUCCUGGUUGACGCCAAGGGACAGAAGGUGUAUUUCGGCGAGGCUGGUAGCGACGUCGUGGAGUUCCUGUCGGGCCUCCUCUCACUGCCGUUGGGCACGGUCACCGACCUGCUCACCAAGGAGCGCAUGGUUGGCAGCGUCGGCAACGUGCUCGGCAGCAUGGAGAAGCUGGACGCCAAGUACAAGAGCAAGGGGUUGCAGCUGAGCCCGGCCGUUGGCGCCGCCACACUAUCCCGCCUGCAGCAGCUUCUGGGCUUGCGGCAGCUCAGCAACGGCAACAGCAGCUAUGACAGCCAUGACGACAACGGCAUCAGCAACCACCAAGUCCUCUACACGUGCAAAGGUAAAAAACAGACGUGCGCAAAUUUUCUCUCGACGGUCAGCGGCAGCGCCUGCCCUGGCUGCUCGUGUGUGAUGAACAAGGCUACAGGUCAGCUGCUUGUCAAUGCCAAGGGGUCCGUGUACACUGUCGAGGACGACCUCUCGGUGUCCCCAUCCGCCAAUGCAGUGUCCGGUGCUGUCACCCUGCUCGCGCGGUAUGGCGUCAAGGAUCUCAAUGAGAAGACAGUCAAGAUCGGGAAGGAAGAGGCGCUUGGGAUACUGGCUGCUUCGCUUAAGUCCAAGACGGUGCUGACGGAUGUGUUCCUGCCGAAGAUAUAUGCUGGAUUAAAGAGGAAAGCUCUUUUGCAAUUCUUCAAUGGAGAAGAUGAGGAUGAUGAGAAAGAGGAUGAGGAUGAUGAGAAAGAGGAUGAUGAUAAUGAUGAUGAGCAUCAGAGGCAAGCCGGCAACACUCCGAGCUGA